AUCUGUGAUACAUAGAUAAAUGUUUAAAAAUAAGAAUUUUAAUGAUGUGCAAUAAAAUGAUCAAAUUAUUUUCUUCCUUAUCGUUUGUGCAUUAAAUUUGACAGUUGUUUACUAUUUCUCAACUGGAUGGGCAAUUCGAAUGUAAAGAAAAAAUACUAUGAUCAUCAAAAAUAUGCUAGUCAGUAUAGUCUUAUCGAUAUCAUUGGUGGAAGUUGUGCUGGAUCAACGAGAUCUUCUCACGUAGAAACCAAAUCGUAUUCUCGUUCCUCCUGUAGAAGCCUAGUCCAUGGUUCUUUUAGUUCAUCUAAAACGACAUGGCCAAUACCUAGGUCCGAAGCAAUAUUUCUUCCAGAAUUUAAAGUCAGAAAAAUGACUUUAAAUGCAGAAUAUAGCUUUCUUGCUCUCAUUGCUAAAGGUGCAUAUGGAAGAGUUUAUAAAGUUCAGAAUCGGGAAACUAAACAAGUUUUUGCUUUGAAAGUUAUCGCCAAAGCUCAAAUUGUCACCGAGAAUGCCAUUGCUCAGGCAAAACAAGAGGUUGCUAUUCAAAGAAUGGUUGGGCAUCAUCCCUUUAUAGUAAAUUCAACUCAUAGAUGGCAAAGUAGAAAAACCUUAUACAUAUUAACGGAUUAUAUGAGCGGUGGAGAAUUAUUCUCAUUAGUAGAGAAGUAUGGGUGUUUGCCCGAAGAAGUAGUUAGAAUAUAUGUUGCUGAAGUUGCUUUAGCUAUUGAUUUUUUACAUAAUGCUGGAGUGGUGCAUAGAGAUCUGAAAGCAACUAAUAUUUUAUUGGAUGAAGAAGGACAUGCUGUAAUUAUAGAUUUUGGUUUAUCCAAGUGGUUAAAUCGUACACAAAGGACGAAUACUUUUUGUGGGACUCCGGAAUAUAUGGCCCCAGAAAUUUUGAAAAGGCAACCUUAUGGACAAGAGGUUGAUUGGUGGUCUCUCGGUGUUUUAAUGUGCUUUCUACUCACUAAUCGGUAUCCAUCCAUUGGACCCUGCGAGCUUUUCUCAGAUCGUUCUGAACAGAAUUGUCCGGUUCCACCUGGGACAUUACCACCCGAUGCAAAACUUUCUCCCGCUGCAAUUGAUCUUCUGAAACGAUUGUUGCAACCGGAUCCAUUAUUGAGGCUUAAAUCAAUAUUAACCCUUCAAACGCUAGCUUUUUAUAUGGGCCAUAACGUGCAGAGUUAUAUGUAUAAAAAAAAAUCUCCAUUUAAGUUAUUGGGCCGAUCGAACUCAAAUGAUUCCUCAAAUGCACAACAAAUGCAUUUCGAUUUUGCUGACUUUGAUUUCGUUGCUGGGAAUCGCCGAAUGAAUGGAGUAAUACAUUGAGGAACAUUAGUUAUAUGCCUAUUUAAUUUGCGAGCUGAAAAUGUCAAUUAUGUGGUAUAAUAGUUUAAUCGAACCAUCUUCAAAUCAAACAUCAUACGCAAUAGCUUUUCAAGUAUGGUAUUAUAAAAAAGUUAUUGUAAGUUUAAAAUGUUCUAAACUGAAGUAUUUGGUUGUGCAAGUUUUGUUAAAAUACCUAAAUAAUUAAGAACAAAACUUGAUAUAACUUAUAUUAUCGGAUCAUGUUCGCUAUGACAAUAAUAAUCAACAAAAAUAUAUGUGCUUUCUGAUUAAGCUAACAAUAAGUGUCAGAAGUUAAGAAAAAUAUUGAUUGCAGAAAUAUUCACGCGCGCGUUGAAUGCUAUCACGUAACUUAAAAUUUCUUUCUUAAGUAAUGAAAAAGCUUCCAAAUUUAAAAUAAUACUUAUAAACCAUCUGAAAUAAGCAGACAGAAGAUAUGCAUAAGUAACAUUAAAUUAAUACUACGAAAAAAAAAGGAAAAAUUGAAUGC